GUAAGUAAUAAACGUUUUCUUCAUUCAAUCCGAUUCUUUUCUUUCGAUUUGGUUCUUCGAUUUUGUUGCCGGUAAACCUCUUCUCCUUCUGCAUACAAGAUCGGAUCUAGGAUUUUCUUCUUCGGUUUGUGUUUAGGUAUUGAUAGAAUAUUAUACUAUGGAAGGUACGAUUCUUAGAAGGGUUAUUCCAUCUGACAAUAGUUGCCUCUUCAAUGCUGUUGGGUAUGUUAUGGACCACGAUAAGCACAAGGCCGCCGAGCUAAGACAGGUCAUAGCUGCAACAGUAGCAAGUGAUCCAACAAGGUAUUGUGAAGCAUUUCUUGGGAAGCCAAAUGAGGAGUAUUGUGCUUGGAUUCUUGAUUCAGAGAAGUGGGGAGGUGCAAUUGAGCUUUCGAUACUAUCCGAGUAUUAUGGGCGUGAAAUUGCAGCAUACGAUAUCCAGACCAAACGAUGUGAUUUGUACGGUCAGGAAAAGAAGUAUUCAGAAAGGGUUCUGCUGAUAUAUGAUGGACUCCACUAUGAUGCUUUAGUUAUGUCUCCAUCUGAGGGAGCUCCAGAGGAAUUUGAUCAGACCAUAUUUUCUGUGAAUCGGGACAGGACAAUUGGUCCCAUUGAAGGGCAAGCUCUUCAUUUUGUUGAAGAACAGCAAAGGAAACGGAGAUUCACCGACACUGCCAACUUCACGCUGCGAUGUGGGGUUUGCCAAAUCGGAGUCAUCGGCCAAACGGAGGCUGUAGAACACGCAAAAGCCACUGGCCAUGUCAACUUCCAAGAGUAUAGAUGACAGGAAGAAUGUUCGACAAAAUAAUUGAGCUGUUCGGUUUCAGCUGUAUCGACUUUGACUCCUUCGGCUUGUUGAAUUUGCUGUGGCAUUCUAAUUGUCAUAUUACCAUGAAUGUUUCAUAUUUACUGACCAGUGUUGUUCAUAUUGUGAUCUCUUGGGACUGAGCUUCUUUUCUU